AGUACUCUUGUCUUUCUCUUUUUGCCUAUAUAAUAAAACGUGCCAUGAGACUGAGAGAGAGUUUUUGUGUGACACAUCUUUUCUCUCUUCUUCACAAUGGAUUCUUCUUCAUCAGCAAGUGCCAAGUUUGUUCCAAAACAAUGUGACAUCUUCCAUGCAGGAAAGUACCCUUCAUCUCGCAGGACUCAUUCCUUUUCCUCCUCUAGUUCAUCCCUUUCACCCUCUUCUUCCUCCUUUGAAUCAUUCUAUUUUCCUGAGGAUCCACUUCUUAGUCCUGCAUCUCCACUAAGAUUCUCAGGUGUUCCAUUUUCUUGGGAGCAUUUGCCUGGAAUUCCAAAGAAACAGAAUUCCAAAAAGAAUAAGCUGCAGGAAUCAUCCUUCAAACUACUACCAUUGCCCCCUCCAACUACCACACACUCUUCCAAAAAGCUCACUCAUGAAGAAACCAGGGUAAGGAAGAAGAAUUCAAUACAAAGGGAUCCAUUUUUUGCUGCACUGGUUGAAUGCUCAAAGGAUGAUCAUGAGGAAACAAGUGGAAAUUUGUGGAAUGGAGCUAAGGUGCCGAGGAGUAUUAGUGAUCGUUUUGGGUUUAUUAGCCUUUAUGCUUCUUGCAAGAGAACUUGUGCUGUUUCUGAAUCUUUAGUAUACCUUCCAAGCUCAAGAAGAAGCACCUGUCAACAUGUUAGUCCCAGGUCCCUCUAAGCAUGCAUAGCUAGCUGUCAAUGUACUUUUGUUCAUGUUGUUAUAAGAAAAACCAGAAAGAGGUAUUUCUUUCCCCCCCCUUUUUUUUUUUUUUUUUUCAAACCUUGAUCUUUGAUCUUAGUUUCUAAAAUAUGGUAUGUGAAGACAAUUAUGUCUUUGGAAACCCAAGUUAUUGUAAUAUGUUAAUACACGUAUAGGAAGUAGUGCUUGUCUCCUUUUGUUCA